CAUCAUUGGAUUCAGUGGGAGGAAUCGUGCCCCAUCAUUGGUGUCAGUGGGAGGAAUAGUACUCCAUCAUUAGUGUCAGUGGGAAGAAUCGUGCCCCAUCAUUGGUGUCAGUGGAAAGAAUCGUGCCCCAUCAUUGGUGUCAGUGGGAGAAAUCGUGCCCCAUCAUUGGUGUCAGUGGGAGGAAUCAUGCCCCAUCAUUGGUGUCAGUGGGAGGAAUCAUGCCCCAUCAUUGGUGUUAGUGGGAAGAAUUAUGCCCCAUCAUUGUCAGGGGGAGGAAUAGAGCCCCAUCAUUGGUAUCAGUGGAGGAAGUGCCCCAUCAUUGGUGUCAGUGGGAGGAAUAGUGCCCCAUCAUCGGUAUCAGUGGGAGGAAUAGUGCCCCAUCAUUAGUGUCAGUGGGAGGAAUAGUGCCCCAUCAUAGAUGUCAGUGGGAGGAAUAGUUCCCUAUCAUUGGUGUCAGUGGAAGAAUAGUGCCCCAUCAUUGGUGUCAGGGGGACGAAUAGUGCCCCAUCAUUGGGUGUCAGUAGGAGGAAUAGUGCCCCAUCAUUGGUGUCAGUGGGAGGAAUAG